GGAGGUGCGUAGUGGCAGUGAGGGUGACGAGGAGGGUGUGUGUGCAGCCAGUGCUGGAACCGUCCCAGGCACCAGCAGGAGGUCGAAGAGACUGUCUGGGACCCAAACACUGCCAGCCUGCGAGGUGAUAAUGGCGUGUGUCCUGUGUGAGGCAAGGUGGGGCGUGAGGCCAGCCGCCCCCAGCUUGUGAGGUGGUGGAGGCCGCAGGACCAUGCGUGAGGCCCCCUUGAGGCGGGUGCUGCUCGAAGACCUCCCGUCCCUGCUGGCGUGCCACACUGUGCCUGCCCAGUCAGCUGACCUGGCCCCCGUUCACGGCGCCAGGGCCAGGACCGCCCACACCCACGCCCACGUCAUGGAGAAGAGGCCAACGGGCGAGGGGGGUGGGGAGGGCGGAGUGGGCGGGGUGGCGGCUGACCUCCGGGAUAAGCUCACCCUGAGGGCGGGCGUCGUCAAUGGCAUGAAGAUAGGCACCACGGAUGCCGAGGUGCAUGUGCCAGCCCUCAAGUGCCGCCCACCCGCACCGCCCGCGCCGCCCGUGCCGGAGGAGCAGUGUUCAGAGUCUAGUCAGGAGUCUAAGAGUGACCUCAAUGGUGCAGUGUGCAAUGGGCAUACUGUCUCCGAGGCCACCAGCAGUGGCAGCAUUGCUGUGUCUGACACUUUCUCCCUGGCCUCAGAGCGCUCAUCAGAUUCAUCCCAGUCUCUGUGUGGGGCGCGGCCCAGGACCCGACACACCUCCGGGGGCUCCCAGGGCACCCAGAGCACUCCGGCCCAUGACCUCAGCUCUGCCAGUGACAGUUUAGUGACGCCAGAAAUAUGCAUAAGUCCUGUGCCUCCAGCAGCGGCAGUGGACGACCUUGUUGUGGAGUACAUUAAUUAUGAGAACGAGUUGCAAAUGUCCGCUAUAAUGAGGCUAAUCCAGAAGGAUCUGUCCGAACCUUACUCUAUAUACACUUAUAGAUAUUUUAUACAUAAUUGGCCCAAGCUGUGCUUCCUGGCUGUCUCGAAUGGAGAGGUGGUGGGAGCCAUCGUUUGUAAGCUGGACGUGCACAAGAAAGUCACAGUCCGAGGCUAUAUUGCAAUGCUUGCUGUUGAUCACAGGUUUCGGAAAAGAAAAAUAGGGUCUAACUUGGUGCAGAGAGCAAUCCGUGCCAUGGCCUCAGAUGAUGCAGAUGAGGUAGUGUUGGAGACGGAGAUCACCAACAAGCCAGCUCUCAGGCUCUAUGAGAACCUGGGCUUCGUCCGUGACAAGAGGCUCUUCCGGUACUAUCUUAAUGGGGUGGAUGCCCUGCGGUUGAAGCUGUGGCUCAGAUAAGAUCAAGACUACUAAGUGUGUGUGUGUGUGCGUGCAUACAUGUGUGUGUCGGUCCUAAAAAUAGUGAGGUGGGCAGAGAACCGUGCCAACCCCUGCCCCGCCCCGCCUUGCCAUGCCCUGCCCCGCCCUGCCAUGCCCUGACCUGCCUACCACUUCACUAGCCUGCAGGGUAGCACAAGGUUACCACUGAUGAUGUGAAGGUUUGGUUCAUGCUCAUGCCAACGGGAGUCUCAGGUCUAAGUCAGUUUUGUUAAUUGUUAUUGUUGUUAUUGUCAUUAUUCUUAUUACAACAUCCAUUCUUUUGUUAUUAUGAUUAAUCAUCAGCAGCAGUACUCUGUUAUAUGUGAUAAUUCAGUAUUAUUGGCAACACCUUAGUCAAAAGAAAUUUAUGAUGUGACCAAGUCCAGCUUAAAGAGAUGUAUGCUGGGGAUGUAUGGACUGCAGUACAUGACUGAAGGCUGAUUAUGUAUAGCAAUAACUUAAUAUACCAAGUGCUGAUACAGUGGGGUGUUGUCCAGUGCAGUUAUGGUGUAAUAUUAAUCUGCACAAGUGGCAGGGGAGAACUGUGCACCAAGUGUAAAAUGUGUAGCCAGCAAUGAUUAAUGUAUCCUAGCAGGCAAUGAUGUUAUCCCAUUUCAACCCAUAUCCCAAGCUUGCUUUUUUGUGCUUGGUCUCUCAGACUUUUAUUUAUUUUCUUUAUUUGUAAUUGUAUGCGAGUGAUAAUCUCUGACUAUAGUAGAAACAUUCUCUCUCUCUCUCUCCAUUACUCCAGCUGCCAUCAAAUGCAACCAGCAUGAUUUAUGUGUGCAGGAAGGACAAGUGUUCAGUAUGCUAGUCAAAUGAGCUCACAGUGUUGCCAGGCUUUUAAGUGUCUAUGCUUUGGUCUGAGGUGAGGUGAAGUGCACCCAUGUAUAGUGUAUCUGAGCUAAUCCUGCAAUGACUCACCAUUAUUGAACAUAUUAAAGUGUCUAUUCUACAGACAAUAAUAUUGCAGAGUGAAGGUUCUUAGUGGAUAUGUGCUGCUAAUGCAAGCACUUCCCCAAAACUGUCUUGCAGUCUAGUGUUGCAAGAACUGAAUAAGAAGCUGAUCUUAUCAUGUGCUUCUCUCAUCACUGUUGGGCUGGAGGUGCUGAUCCUGCUGUGGUACUGCUGGUGUACUGCUGAUGGUAGCUUACAUGACAUGCUUAUCUAAAUGAUGCACCUAAGAUGAUGCAGUGCCUAUCUAUAACUUCACACAAAAUUAUUAUGAUCACACUGGGAAUGAGCCUAGGAUCUCCUUGAGUUUGGCAUUAACUCAUUGCCUGCUUCUUUCACUUCAGUCUGCUUCCUGCUGGCUUCCUUGACCUCUCUCAUGGGCUUUACAUCCAUGUGUGCAGUGCAGCUACUGCCAUUGAUAUUGGCAAGGUGUUGGCACAUGUAGUGCAUUAUAUUUAUAUUAUAUUGGUAAGGAUCUUACAUGAGAAGACAAGACUAUAUUUUAUUUUUCCAAUUGAUGCCUUUAUUUUUAUGGUAUCAUGAAUUGCUCAUUUUCAUAAGGUAUCCUGCUGGUGUAAAUGAAUGGCACAAAACAACACCCCACUGUUGUUAUUGCAUUAACUGACUGCCCUCACUGUCACUACCAUGAGUUGGCUAUGAAUGAUUUAUCAACUGCUUCAAGAGCCUAUGUAAGUGCUCAUUUAAGUCAAUUAAUGUCUAACAAUAUAGUGACAAAAUAUUACAAAGAACAAUAAGAUGAUACUUUACUAUCUAGGUAGCUCAUUGAAUGGCUUAACAAAUUGCUUGCCUCACUGAAAAGCUUGGCUUGCUGCCCAUUUUCCUCUCCAGCAAGUAUUUUAGGUAAAUUUUUCUUUCCUAACUUCUCAUGUUCUGCUUCUGCAAGAUAACAUCCAAGAAGAAAAUGCUGAAACAAAUUAGGUAGAACAAAGUUGCCCUGUUGCAUGGUAACAAGAUGUCUUAAGGGAGGGAUUCCUGGCCCUCUAUCCUUUUCUUUUGAAGUUGCCUUCAUGACACAUGAGAGGCAAAGACAUUUCUGAAUGUUUUUUCAGGGAUGAAAUAAAAAAACUGUAAUUACAAGUCAGUGAGUAGUGUUGACAGGUCAUCAUCCUUUUGAAAUGGGCUUAGGGAAACCUGGCACUGAGAAGUAAAUCACUUAAAUCUUGGACUGGCCCAGCACUUAGCACUGAGGGAAAUGGAGCCUAUGAUAAUGGUCAUUGUUAUUGCAGUUAACUCCUGAUUCAUUGAAUAAAUGAGGAUAAGGAGAUUAUGACACAAUAUUGUGUCACAGGUGCAAAUUAUAAUUUUCCAUGAAUGUAUUGAAUUUGAAUAUUUCAUGCCAAUUUGUUGCUGGAUUGACCACAAUUUACUCUUCAAAAUUUUAAUGCAACUGAAAGAUUUCAUAAUGUAAAUUCAGGUGAUAGAGAAGAAAAAGUUGAACCCUCAUUGUACUCUUGUCUGAACUGAAAGAUAUACAGUAGUGUAUGUACCUGAUAAGGUAGUGAAUGUUUGGUCUGGUCUUUUAUGUUGGAGCCCCCUCCAUGUGACAGGGAACAGGUGUGGUCCAGUCAAGGAGAUCUGACCUUGCAGUCUAGCAAGAUCUGAUGGCCAGGAAUUUUCCCCCAAUUUGUAUGUUUCUAAUAUUGUUGCCAAAGAUCAGCAGUGAUCUUUGCCUUCCCUGUAUUCUUUUCCUCCUGUAAUAGUUUAUUGUCUGUUUAUCAAGUUGUGUGGUAUAAGCUAUUCAAGGUGUACAAAUACAGCAUUGUCCCCCUCUUCUACACUGAACAUCCCCAGUCUGUCCUUUAUUUAUAAUCUAAACUAGAAACUUCACAUCUUAUCUCUAGCUAAAACAUCUUCUAUGAAGUUAGGCAUUCUGAGAUGUCUCUGCCAGUUUUUCUCACCCUUCCAGCAGCUAACUCUGUACAGGGGCCUUAUCCAUCCAUGUAUGGAGUAUGCUUCACAUGUUUGGGGGGUUCCACUCGUAUUGCUCUUCUAGACAGGGUGAAAUCAAAAGCUUUUUGUCUUAUCAACUGACUGUCUUCAGCCUCUUUCUCACUGCUGCAGUGUUGCAUCUCUUGCUAUCUUCUACCUCUAUUUUCAUGCUAAUUGCCCUUCUGAUCUUGCUAACUGCAUGCCACCCUUCCUCCCACAGCCUCUAUGCACAAGACCUCCUUUCUUUCACCCCUAUUCAGUCUACCUCUCUAAUGCAAGAGUUAACCAGUAUUCUCAGUCAUUCAUCCCUUUCUCUGGUAAACUCUGGAACUCCCUGCCUGCUUCUGUAUUUCCACCUUCCUAUGACUUGAACUCCUUCAAGAGGGAGGUUUCAAGACACUUUUUUUCCUUCAAGAGGGAGAUUUCAAGAUACUUUUCCUUUAAUUUUUGACUACUGCUUUGGACCCUAUUUGGGGAUUGGCAUCUCUAUGGGCAUUUUUUUUUUUUAAUUGUAUUUUUGUUGCCCUUGGCUGGUGUCCCUCCUACAUAAAAAAAUAAAUAAAAUGAAAAUUAAUAGAAAAAUACACACAAGAGGUUUGUCAGUUAUCUUCUCAUGCAGGACUGGUCCCAAUGCUCCAGUUGUUUCAGCACCUGCUUUGUACUGGAUGAAGAGUGGCCUCAGCAUGAAAGACAAACUCAGUUGUAUUUUCCUGGCUGAGGAAUUUACUGAUGGAUCUUUCAAUUUUGAAACAAGCAGAAAAAUUACAAUGCUGACUGGCUGCUGACCAUCCCAUGACAUGUACACUUUGGAAAGAAAUUCAAAGCAGGGAGACUUCUCUACCCUCUCAUCUCUAAGCCUCUUUUUCUCCCACUUUGCUUUCUUGGUGCCCACCAUAUCAACACCAUCCUUUCACUUCUUUAUCCAAGGAUCUAUUUGGUACUAUCUUGGAUCAAGAGCAUGACAAUUUCAUAUAUGCCUUGAGUCAAUCAGCAUGCUUCAUCAUUCUACAAUCUUCUCUGGAGAGUCUGCUGGCUAGGGAUGUCUAAGAUAAAAAUGCCACCAGAUAUCCUGUCUAUAUAUAUAUAUAUAUAUAUAUAUAUAUAUAUAUAUAUAUAUAUAUAUAUAUAUAUAUAUAUAUAUAUAUAUAUAUAUAUAUACAGUGGAACCUUGGUUGUUGAACUUAAUUCACUCCUGAAUAUCAUUCAGAAUCCAAAUGUUCAAAAGCCAAAACUAUUUUCUCCAUAGGAAUCAAUGUAAAAUGGAUUAAACUGUUCCUAGACACUAGUCUACGCUGUCUUAGCGGCUUAUGACAGACACUCCCACAGCCAAGAUGGCUGCUUCACAACAUCCCCAGCUCACAAAUUAUUUAUCCAGAAAGGAUGUAUUGAAUGAACUUUGUGACACGGAACUCAUCAGAAGAUACUGUUUAGACUGAUUUAAUGAGGGAAGCCUUACGGAGGGACACAGAGAGAAGCAACCUUCUUACCAACAAAAUGAAGGUGAUCAUAACACUUAGAUAUCUUGGUGCUGGGAAAAGCUGCUAGAAAAAAUGCAGUUGUGCAGUAGUGAUGGUGUUGAGGGGCUCAUUGAGAGAACCACAGGUGGCUUGGAAGGGAUUACUCCUGAGCACUGAAAAUGGUUUGUUUACAUCGAGGUUUUUCAGUGGGAUCACAUUUACCGUAUUUCAGAUUGAAUUACUGUCUUACACGCUGUGUCUCUCCUCCAAAUACAUAAAAACAAAGUAGAUAUUUAUAGAAACCAUAAAUUAGUAAUGAAUGGCAGGUUUUGCUAUGUCUUUUACUAUUUGAAAUCAACUAGCUUUGUUCUAGAACCGAGUUAUGGUACCACAACUGAAGCAAUAAUGACUUCAAAAUGAUUUUUGAAAAGGGAGGGAUUCAGUAACUGAGGUUCCACUGUAAGUAUAUAUAUAUAUAUAUAUAUAUAUAUAUAUAUAUAUAUAUAUAUAUAUAUAUAUAUAUAUAUAUAUAUAUAUAUAUAUAUAUGCUAUUAGUUUAUUACUUUUUUCACUAAUUUUUCAACAGUGUGGGUGCUACAGCUACACAGAUGACAAGUGAUUGGAUUUAGUGAGUCACUUGAAAGACAUCUUAGGCCACCUUUUGGCUACAGCAGCUUCUCAAGGCUUUUCCUAAUUUCAGCACGUGAAUGGAAAACAAAUUCAAGAUAAAAUUGCAUCUAUCAUUUACAUAGUUUGAUGUCUGGGGCAUUUUUCAAGGACUCUCCAUCAAUAUCUCCAGCUUGAAGAUGAACUUAGAACCUUUGUCUCUUCAAUCAUAUGAGACAUGAUGGCUUUUAAUAGUUGUACAAAAUUUGUUAAACGGUCUUUUCUUAAUACUAUUGACUGUACUUAGGUAAUCUGUUGGGGGCAAUCUUACUCUUAUAAUUUUGACUGCAAUAAGAUGUGAUCAGUAGUCUCUUCUUCCUUGUCAUUAACAAGCAUUUCUCAUUUUGAGAUAUGUAAUCUAAACAACAUGAGAUAAAAACUGAGUUGGAAAGGCCAUGCUGGAUAAAGUUUUCAUUAUUUUUUAUUAUUAUUAGAUAAAUUGUAACUAUGAUAACCUACUAUUAUAUUUUAAUAAUAUCCUUCCCUCUUUACCUCUCUUCUUCCAUUCUCCAUGAAGAAUUGUAGGAAGAGAAAUAGAAGAGGAAGGGAGAUAAGUGGCAAACGUGAGGUAAAUCAUCAUGUUAAGGGACGGUGGUAUGUUGCUGGUUUUCAUGUAUGUAUCAAGGGAUGUUGGUGGCAUAUCACUAGUAAGUUGGCUGGACUGGGAGAACAGUAGUAUGUUGUUGCCAAGUGUUUAUGUAUUAGCAGAGUUCAUUAGGAGAUCUGUAGUAAACUGGCAGGACUUAGGGUAAUAUCAUGUUGUUGCUGGAUUUUUUAUUUAUUUAUUUAUUUUUUUUAUAUACUGAUAUGAAGCUUCAGCACUGAACUGAUGUGUGUUCAGGUUAAAUACUAAGCUUGAGUACUGAGUUGGUGUGUGUGUGUGUAUCAAGAGUGUAGGAGGAGGAGCAGGGUGGAGAGACAGAUGUGCACACACACGCAAGGCCAUAUGUGAGGCAGCCGUCCAUGUGGUGCAUCCAAGGCCACACGGAUGCUGACAGAUGCCUCCAAUGUGACCUUAAGACAUACAGGAUACACCUUAGAGGUUCAGUAUGUGUGCAUAACCAUACAUACACCAACACACACAUCACACACACUAGUAGUAGCCUUGCCAGCACCCUUUUGAGGUGUGUGGGGGUGCAACACAGCCCUCUCACCAGUCCUACCUCGCCCCUCCCCCUUCCCUGCUGUGUCGCCCUCAUCUUGGCACUCCAUUACAAGCAGUGCCAAGGGCGGGGCACCCAAGAGCCUCAUCAGCUAUCCAAAGAACAAGGCUGCGCCCAAAACACUUAGGUUACCGCUGCCUUUGGAGAGAUUAAAGAAGAAAAUACAAAACUGUGUGACGCUGUAGAAUCGCAUAAUUAAAAGUAGUGAAAUGUUGUUACGUUACUGAGCUGAUUGGUGAUGCAAAAUAAAUAAUACUGUGCCAUGAAUACAUUACGUUGCAUUGUUUGUGGUUAGCUGUUUGUGCAGUACUGGUGGAUGAGAGAGAGAGAGAGAGAGAGAGAGAGAGAGAGAGAGAGAGAGAGAGAGAGAGAGAGAGAGAGAGAGAGAGAGAGAGAUGAAAUACUAAGUUUGAGUGUGAGUGUGUUUAUAUGAGCAACUGUGGGUUUGUAAACAAUGUGGGAAGGACCACUUUGGAUCUGGUGAGGAGAGAGAGUGAAAGAGUGAGAGAGAAAGAGAAUGUUUGAGUUUAUAUUGUGUAGUGAGUGUGGGAGGACAUACUGUGGGCCUGUUGAGAGAGAGAGAGAGAGAGAGAGAGAGAGAGAGAGAGAGAGAGAGAGAAUAUUUGAGUUUAUAUUGUGGUGAGUGACUGUGGCUUUGUAAACAUACUGUGGGCCUGUGGAGAGAGAGAGAGAGAGAGAGAGAGAGAGAGAGAGAGAGAGAGAGAGAGAGAGAGAGAGAGAGAGAGAGAGAGAGAGAGAAUGCCAAACAAAUGUGUUGUGUGAAUGGAUGAGAGGAAGGGGUGCAUGUGUUGUCUCACUCACAGGGUUAAUAUUGUAUAUUCAUAAGAGAAGCUUUUACUGUGCAAUGAAUGCUAAUUUUUUAUCUCUUCUUCCCCUUUGUUUUUCUGAUUUGUAAAAGAAUACCGAAGUGUCUGAGCUGUGAGUGAGAGUAUGCAAGACAGGAGACAGUGUUGGCCACCUGCUCCCUCACUCUGUCUUAUCAUACAGUAACGUGUUCAUGAGCAUCAUAUUUAAGGUGUGUUCUAGGGUGUGUUUGGUCACCACAUGUCAGCCAACACUGGUGGAGCGAGGGAGCCAGUGGUCAUUGGCUAAGCAACACACUUAAAAGAUAUAUUUUCUCUGAUAUGUGUUGCACUUUAAAAGUGUAAUAAAAUGUACCCUUAU